CCACUUCUCCCCUUUCUGGGUUUUGUUCUCUUAAUUGAGUUUUACCAUUUUCUUGGUUUUUUUUCUCGAAUUUUUUGACUUUGAUUUCAAGAAUUUAGAGAAUUUUGAAGUUUUUUUUUUUGGAAUUGUGUUGAUGAAAUUCGUAUCAAAGAUAUAAAAUGGAGAACUCUGCUGCUGCAUCUGAUGAGCCUCAGAAGAAGCGUCCUCAUCUCAACUCUGUGUUUUCCUCACCCACCAUGGCUCGCCAUUCGAAAACUUUUUCAGAUAACAAAGAUGUUGAUGCUGCAGUUCUCCAGCAUCAAAAUCAGAAACUAGUACAGCAGUUAGAUGCACAGAAGCAUAAGUUGCACGAUCUUGAAGCCAACAUAAAAGAAUUAAGGGACAAACAAGCUUCUUAUGAUGACUUCUUGGUUACAUUAAAUCGGAUCUGGAAUCAGCUAGAUGAUGAUCUGAUUAUCCUUGGGGCACGCAGUAUGGCGGACCAAAUUUCUCUGCAAAGCUUGGAUCAUCAAGAUUAUUCUGGAGGUUCGAUUCCAUCAUGUCCUGCGGAGGAGAUAUUCCUGUGUAGGGUGUUGAAAACCAAUGCCAUUCCAGGCAAUGCCAAUGAUGUAUCCAUUGUGAAUAUCAGAGAAGCUCUUGAUCUGCGUCACUCUUCUACUCUUGAGUUGAUGAAAUCAUUGGAAAAUGCCAUUGAUGCUCAGCGAAUUAAAACCGAAAAUUUUGCUCAUCUUUUGGAAGGAAAGACAUCUGCAGAAGAUGCUGUCAUUAUUCUCAGUAAGAUUGAUGAUAUGAUGAAAGAAGAGGCUAAUUAUCUCCAUCAAGUGAUUGAUGUUCUUCAUUUGAAACACAAAGAAUAUGCCGAUGCAAUUGAAGCUUGUAAUCAAAGGCAGUCAGCAGAUCAAUCUGAGUUAAAACGUCUUGAAGGUGAGCUGGAGGAAAGCAUGACAGAACUUGAAGACAGCAGAAGGAAACUAGUUACUUUGAAAAUGCAGAAAGAUGUGGCAUGUGGGGGGCAGGAAACAGUUUCAAGUGCAGUUAAUGGGAGUAUGUCACCUGAGAAGCAUACAGACCGAACAAAAGGUGUGCGGGAACUGAAGGAGUCUAUAGAAGAGGCAAAGAUACUGAAAGAGGACCGCCUCUCUGAGCUUCAAGAUGCCCAGGAAGACAAUCUACAUUUGUCAAAGCAGUUGCAAGAUCUUCAGAAUGAACUAAAGGACGAUAGAUAUGUGUAUUCAUCUCGUGCUUAUACCUUAUGCAAUGAUCAACUUCACCAUUGGAGUUCUGAGGCAGAACGAUACAAAGCUCUGGCAGACUCUCUGCAGGCUGACAGGUCUUUCAUCGGACGAAGAGAGAAAGAACUGGUUCUAAAAGCAGAGGCUGUGGACGCAGCAAAGAAAGCAGUUGAUAACUCCGAGUCAAGGAUUGAGGAAUUGGAGCAUCACAUGCACCGAUUCAUAAUUGAAAAGAAUGAGCUGGAAAUCAAAAUGGAAGAAGCUAUUCAAGAUUCAGGAAGGAAAGACAUUAAAGAGGAGUUUCAGAUAAUGGGCUCUGCUUUAUCAAAAGAAAUAGGAAUGAUGGAAGCUCAGCUGAAUCGUUGGAAGGAGACAGCUCAAGAAGCUGUUUCUUUACGGGAAGAAAGACGGUCACUGGAAACUUCUUUAGGAAGAAAGGUUAUUGAGCACAAAGACUUGAUCGGUAAAUGUGCUCACCAGACUGGAGAGAUCCGAACACUAAAGGAACUUGCUGAGAAGAUGCAGAGGGACAAACAGGAACGUGAAAUCUUUUUGGAAAUGCUUGGCCAGCAAAUUUAUGAUAACAGAGAUAUAUCGGAAAUUAGAGAGUCAGAGAGAAGAGCUCACUCGCAAGCUGAAAUUUUGAGAGCUGCUCUGAAUGAACAUGAUCUGGAAUUGAGAGUGAAAUCUGCUAAUGAAGCUGAGUCUGCUUGUCAGCAGAGGCUUUCUGCUGCUGAGGCAGAAAUUGCAGAACUAAGGGCUGAACUGGAUGCUUCUGACAGGGGUGUUUUAGAGCUAACAGAGGCGAUAAAAAUAAAAGAAGGGGAGGCUGAAACCUAUAUAUCUGAGAUUGAGACGAUUGGUCAAGCCUAUGAAGAUAUGCAGACGCAGAAUCAACAUCUUCUCCAGCAGUUGGCGGAGAGGGAUGAUUAUAACAUAAAGUUAGUUUCUGAGAGCGUGAAGAUAAAGCAGGAACAAAGCUUACUUCUCUCUCGGAAGCAGGUAUCAACAGCACAACUUCAACAGUCUAAAACAUCACUUGAAUCUCUGAAAAUGAGGAUAACUCAAAGUGAAGACCAGAUGAAAGUUCACAUUACGGAAGCUUUAAGUUAUACCCAAGAAGAUAGACAUCUUCCACUCCUCCUGGAAACUGCAAAGCGGGAAUCGGGAGAUGCGGAAAAGGAAUUGAAGUGGCUGAGGUCUGCUGCUUUCUCUGCCGAGAAGGAAUAUGAACAGCUCCACAGAAAGCUGGAUGAAAUUCAGAUGGAACAGGAAACUGAAAGGAGUGAGAAAAAGAAGCUUGAUGAAGAGCUAGUGGAGUUGAGUAACACUGUUGAUGAGUUAACUUCUGCAAGUGGGGAGGCUGCAGUACAAAGACUGCAGGAUGAAAUCAAUGAUUCCAAGGCUAUUCUCAAAUGUGGAGUGUGUCUUGAUCGGCCAAAAGAGGUCGUAAUCACAAAAUGUUAUCAUCUGUUCUGCAAUCCAUGCAUCCAGAGAAAUUUAGAGAUCCGUCAUCGCAAGUGUCCUGCUUGUGGAACUGCUUUUGGGCAAAGCGACAUUCGUUUUGUGAAAAUCUGACCAAAACUCGGUCAGCUCGCAGCUCGCUAAACAUGUACAUUAGCGCGUUCUCUGAGGG